AUGGGCCACCUCGAACAAUGGCGUUCUCGGCAGAAGAUAGGCAUGGGCAAGGGCUCUCGCCACUGCGUGAUCUGCUCGAACCAGAAGGCGGUUAUUCGGAAGUACGAGCUCAACGUAUGCCGCCAGUGCUUCCGUGAGAACGCGGCAAACAUUGGAUUCAGCAAGCUUCGUUGA